UAAUUAUCUAGCUGUCUCCUAACCCUACCUUUGUCACUGUGUGAGUGUAGAUAGUGUGGACUUGUCAGGAUGAGUAAGAGACGUAGGGGUUUGGUGAACUUAUGGGUUCCAGUAAGGAGAAAGAAGGGACUCUAUUUAUUGGCAGCAAUCGUCUGCACAUUUUUCUUUGGCUCUCUGUUACUAAGCAAAGGAGGAGAACAUCAGAACUCAAAAGGCCAUGAAGUGGAGGAGAAGCAUGACCGCAGGGAGGUAGAUGGUCCACGGGACCCAGUGUCUUAUGAGCAGCUCAAGAGGCCAGUGUAUGAAAAGCCUCCUUUGGAUCCCACUGCAUUGGGUGAGUUUGGACGUCCUGUGAGACUCGACCUGCAAGGAAAGGAGAAGCAACUGGAAGAGGAAAGCAUCAAAAAGCACCAAAUCAACAUAUACCUCAGUGACAAGAUCUCCCUACACCGCAGGCUGGAGGAAAGAUGGAAUCCAAUGUGUAAAAAUGUGAAAUUUGAUUAUUACAAGUUACCAAGAACAUCUGUGGUCAUUGCUUUUUACAAUGAAGCCUGGUCUACACUCCUGAGAACUGUCCACAGUGUUUUGGAAACAUCACCAGAUAUCCUCUUGGAGGAAAUCAUUCUUGUCGAUGAUUAUAGUGACAAAGAGCACUUGAAGGAACCUUUGGAAAAACAUAUUUCCACUCUUAGAAAAGUGAGACUUGUCCGCGCAAAUAAAAGAGAAGGGUUAGUGCGUGCCCGCCUUUUGGGUGCCUCCACUGCUACAGGAGAAGUUCUGACCUUUUUGGAUUGUCAUUGUGAGUGUCAUGAAGGCUGGCUGGAACCUCUACUGGAAAGGAUUAGUGAAAAGGAAUCAGCUGUUGUUUGCCCGGUGAUCGACGUGAUUGACUGGAAUACUUUUGAGUAUUUGGGCAAUGCAGGCGAACCUCAGAUUGGAGGUUUUGAUUGGAGGCUGGUUUUCACUUGGCAUUCAGUGCCAGACAGAGAGCAAAGGCGCAGACGGUCUAACAUUGAUGUGAUCAGCUCUCCAACGAUGGCUGGUGGAUUGUUUUCAGUUAGCAAGAGGUACUUUGAAUAUCUAGGCUCUUAUGAUACUGGAAUGGAAGUUUGGGGCGGAGAAAAUUUGGAGUUUUCAUUUAGGAUCUGGCAGUGUGGGGGAAGUCUUGAGGUUCACCCAUGUUCCCAUGUUGGCCAUGUCUUUCCCAAACAAGCCCCGUAUUCCCGUAGUAAAGCUUUGGCCAACAGUGUCCGGGCAGCAGAAGUAUGGAUGGAUGAAUAUAAGGAACUGUACUACCAUCGAAACCCACAUGCACGCUUGGAACCAUAUGGGGAUGUAACAGAAAGAAGGCAACUUAGACAGAAACUCCAAUGCAAAGAUUUCAAAUGGUUCUUGGAGAACAUUUACCCAGAGAUUCAUGUCCCAGAAGACAAACCAGGACAAUUUGGAAUGCUGAAGAACAAAGGAAUGCUCAAUUAUUGCUUUGACUACAAUCCACCAAAUGAGAAUGAGGUCACCGGACAGAAGAUCAUUUUAUAUCCAUGUCAUGGUAUGGGACAAAAUCAGUUCUUUGAAUAUACAUCGUACAAUGAAAUCCGCUACAACACCAGGCAGCCUGAAGGAUGUGCUGCAGUUGAUCCAAAUACUGAUCAUCUCACAAUGUACUUAUGUCGUGAAAAUGGUCAGAGUGUGCCUGAUAAUCAGAAGUUUAUUUUCCGAGAGGAUGGUAGUUUACUUCACCAGCAGACCCAAAAAUGUGUGCAAGCUGAGAAAAACACUGAGACAAACCAUCCUGAACCUAGGUUACGGCCAUGCGCAGACACUGAUCUACAGAAAUGGUUCUUCCAGGAGAGGAGCUGAGCCGCAUGGACAUUUUAUUUUAAUUACAUUAACCGUAAACCAAUAUUCCAGACCAAAAACCCUUGCUUAUAAAAAGCAAUAACCAGAAGAGACUGAUCACUGUUUUUAGUUUUAAGUUGUAUGGGUGUUAAUGGCAAAUUAUUUUUUGGUGGGGUAGAAGAAUUAUUGGGAGCCUUAAAUUUGUGCAUACAUUUACAGUUUUAUGUUAUUGUGUGUGGGGUUUUUUUUGUAAUUUACAUUGGUUCCAUUUAUGCAAAAUCAGUACAACAAUUUAAUUAUUUUUUUAUCAUCCCAAGUAAAAAAAAAAACACCUCCUAACAAUACUCUUCUAUCCUUGGUUAGCUGCUUACAGGAAUCUUAGUUUUCAUGGCAAUGUCAAUAUUACACAUACCCACCUUUACAGAAGUAAA